GCUUAAUACUGCGGCAGUUUAUCCAAAAAUAUAAAAUAAGAAUUGUGUUACAGUAGUGUCCACCUAUUUACAAUUGUCAGUCCGUGUGUGUGUGUACGGAAACAUCCUCAUCUAAAGAGACAGAAAGCAAUUCGCCCACAUUUACAUAGCACACUACUAAAUCCAAGAUGGUAAACAAACGGAAAGUCAGUAGUUCCAUCCUUAAUGCCAUCGGCAGGAAUAAGAAGACCGAGAAACCCUCUACCAAAUACGGAAAAUGGCGACUGUUUGUAGGCGACACAGUGCAGGUGGUUGACGGGUUCAAAUGCCUGGGACAAAAGGGAGAGAUAGUGAGAAUAGACAAAAUCAAGAAGAGAUGUAUUGUACAGGGCGUCAACACGGUAGGACGUCAUGA